GCCAAGGAAACAACACUGUAGCUAAGUAAGGCGGGAGGGCGGUCUUAUUGUUAUGAUGCAGAAUCAUCUGAUUCUGCCUUCAUACGAUUUUAAUAUUCGAACGCGUUACAUGGUGUCUGUUAUUUGUGUUUAGUAAGUACGAAGUGCCACUAUUUAACCUAUUUUUGGAUAUUUUGGUGUUUAUAUUAGACUUUCGUUUCAUUAUUAAUUCACAAGUGACAUUUGAAGAAUUACAGCGAUUAUCCUGCCUAGCAACAGCGUUGGUAAUAAUGGCUGACGGUGUGACUGGAAGAGUUGUAACCAGAAGUACAAGUGAAUGUCCCAUUUUUGGUGCCCCUUCAGAACUUAAAAGUACCGUUUUGCCAACUAUUGGAGACACUAUAAAAGGUUAUUUGUAUAUUAAACAUAAAUUAAUCCAUGAACGAUCCGGCCAAGAGCCAAGCGUUUAGGAAAUAUCCAAACAGUUAGGACAUCAAAUAGAAGAAAUUUGGCAAAGAGCUUCGAUUCCCACAGUAUCACACGAACGCAUCCGUCAACUGAUUGGUAAGCAUUAUAAUACAUAUCGUAGCCUUAUCAGAUAUCCACAAAAAAAACGUAAUGAAAACUACACCAUAAAAGUAAAAACUUUUAAACACGAAUCAACGAAGCUGUUUGAUAUCGCAGCCUGUAAAUGCCCAAUAAUUACUUCUUGUUGUUGUGUCAAGUCACGUAAGGUUCCAACUGAAGAACGGUCUUUCCUUUUGGACCAGAGAUCAAAUAGAAGAAUGGGGAUUGGAACUGUCGAUAUAAUUGAGACUAAUAAAUUAAGAAAGAAACUUGAAAGACAAAAAGCAGAAAUCGAACGUGAAGAACGCUUUCGUCAAUGGCAAGAAGGGGACUGUAGUCAAAGUGCUAAAAUAAUGGAUGAUAGUAUUGACGAUGGUAAUGAGGGUCAAUUUAUUAACAUUGUUGCAGUUCCAGAACUCAAAAAAAGUAGUAAUGAUACAUUCUCUGCAACGGAGCCAUCAACAUCAGAAGUUGGACAAAUGAGGUUCACACUUCCAACACUCUCACGGGUCUGUGACCAAUAUGGUAUUUCUGAUAGAUGUGCUGCAGCAAUUGCUUCAGCAACGUUACAGGACAUCGGUAUUGUAACAAUGGAUGAUUGUUCUAAAGUUGUUGAUAGAAGCAAGGUUCGAAGAGAGCGCCAGAAAACACGUGCUUUACUCAAAAAUGUGCAAACUGCAAGUGGAGGAGGCUUGAAAAGUAUAUUUUUUGAUGGCAGAAAAGACAAAACGCUCUCACAGGAAAUAGUUGGCGACAGAUAUCAUAAAAGAACGAUCAGCGAAGAAUAUAUAUCUAUGAUAGAAGAACCAAAUUCUCUUUAUUUGGGCCAUGUGACGCCGAGUUCUGGAACUGGGAAGCACAUAGCGACAGCAAUCUAUGAUUUUUGUAUUAAAAAUGGAUUAAACUUCAACGAAGUUUUAGCUGUUGGUUGUGAUGGUACAGCCACAAAUACCGGAAGAAAAAACGGUGUUAUUGCGAAUUUACAGAAUAAAUUGGGACGUCCUUUGCAAUGGUUAAUCUGCCUACUGCAUGCGAAUGAGCUGCCUCUGCGUCACUUAUUCGCAUUCCUUGAUGGUGCAACAAGCGGUCCUCGUGAGUAUUCGGGACCUAUAGGUAAAUUGCUUGAAAACUGCGAGGCACUGCCGCCUGUACAAUUUGAGGCAAUUACUUGCAUUGUGCCCGAAUUGGAAUAUAGUGAUCUGAGUACCGACCAGAAAUACAUGUACGAAAUAUGUCUUGCAAUUUCGGCUGGUCAGUGCUCCUUAAAUCUAAGUACUCGCAAUCCAGGAAAACUACCACACGCUAGAUGGCUUACAGCCGCAAACAGAAUGCUAAGACUUUAUAUUGCAACCGAAAGUCAUCUGCAAAUUUAAAAACUCUGGCUGAGUACAUAGUAAAGGUAUAUGCCCCAGUUUGGUUCCAGAUAAAGAAAGAACCUUCGUGCGCGAAUGGAGCAAGGCAUAUAUUUAAGAUAAUAUCAUCAUCUCGUUAUUUAAGUGAUGAUCUUAAAAAUAUUAUUGAUCCUGUCAUUCAACGGAAUGCUUAUUAUUGCCACCCCGAAAACGUGCUAUUAGCCAUGCUAACUGAUGAACGAAGGUAUAUCAGAGAACUAGCUUUGCGUAGAAUUUUGAAAGCUAGAGAAAUGGUCUCUGUUCCCACAGAAGUCAGAGAAUUCCACAACUGAACUUCCAUGUCUUAGACUACCAUUGAUGUUAUCAACUGGCAGACGUGUGAAGUAACCCCACCUCCAAUUUUAGCUGGCGUUUUGAAUCAAACACUCCAACAAUGCAUCAAUAAUACCGAGGCAGAUUUGGACUUCGUUCAGUUCCCCUGUCAUACUCAGGCAGUGGAACGGUGUGUUAAGAUGGUGACUGAGGCGUCUAUGUCGGUGAUUGGUGAAUCGGUUAGGGAUGGCUUCAUAAGAGCAAAAAUUAAAUCUAGGAGCAUCAUGCCCUCGUUCGAAACGAAAAAAGAUUAUAAGGUGAUGUAGUGAUUGAAUGGUGGCUAUAACUGACUAUAAUGGCUAUUACAGCUCUUUAUUUAAAAAGUAUUAUUGUUCAAAUGUCCGUCUCUGCUGUGUUUGUAUGGUUUUUUAGUAUAAUAAUAAAUCCUUUUUCUACUUUACUUUUUAUCUUAUAUGACAUAUAUUAUGUAAUAGUUCCAAAUUGAAACUUUGGAAACAUAUUAAAUGCCGUAAUACCAUUUCAACGGGCGGUAGAGGGCCAAAUAUGUUAAAAUAUUUCAAAACAUCAUUUACCUUUUAUUUUUAGGAUAAUAUAAGGUAACUUUUUGCGGGUAUGGCAAAGUGAAAUUUUGAAAAAAAAAUUAUUACUCCUUUAAGGGAUGGUAGAGGGCCCAAGAUGUUAAAAUAAUUCAAAACAUCAUUUACCUUUUAUUUUUAGGAUAUUAUAAGGCAACUUUUUGCGGGUAUUGCAAAGUGAAAUUUUGAAAAAAAAUUAUUACCCCUUUAAGGGAUGGUAAAGGGCCAAAGAUGUUAAAAUAAUUAAAAACAUCAUUUACCUUUUAUUUUUAGGAUAUUAUAAGGCAACUUUUUGCGGGUAUUGCAAAAUGAAAUUUUGAAAAAAAAAUAUGUAUCUCAUUGUCACUCCACCCUAACGAACAUGGCGUCGUACCAAGUUGUGUUGCGACAAUGCAGGUAUUCACACUCAAGUUUUAGA